AUCUGCACGUGAUCACAGCCUCUGAUGACAAAGACUCAUUGGCAAUUCCUCUUCCCUGAUUGCUCCCCGUUGCUCCCGCCCAUACAUCCUGUGCACGUGACCUCAAAGAAGGAAAAAAUGCUGUCAGUCAUGGUCGAGCACGCAAUCGAUCAAAUUGCCGUCCAGCCAAUCACAGUUCGCCUAUUCCUCCACAAUACCCUGGCAGCCCAGCUAUUCCACCAAUUCCACCAAAAGCCGGUGGUACUUCUGGGUCGCAUACAAUUUAGCGGUGAUGUACAAGUCCCUUUACACCCCACACUCCAAAAUACCCUCCGGUUAUCGCGCCCAUAGGUCCAGACAGGUAAGAGUGAAUUGAAUUGAUUGCUCCUAGCUGCUCUGUAGUCGGAGUACUCCAGGACGGCUCCCAAAUAAAAAAUGUCUUUCCUCUUCAAAACCACUCCCUCCUCUCCUCUUUCCCAACGGAGGAAAGCCACAGAUAACAAAGGCAAUAUGGCUGCUCCGCUGUCAUUACGCACGCCUGAAGAGGCCGUUGCGCGCAUUGCAUACCUCUCCAGUGACGUUAUUGUCUCCGUCCAGCCAGCACAGGGCGUCCAGUCGGGCUUCUCGACACACCUACAAACUUAUGCCGACAACAAGGACCAAGGUGUUGUCGCGGCAUCCGAGAGCCGCAUCCCAGAAAUUCAAACCGUGAGACAGAAUGCCGACCCUCUGCUCUCUGUUUUCGCCCCAAUCCGCUCCGGAAAACUCACCUCCGUCACAACCACCUCCUCCAUACUCGUCUCCUCUGUACCAUACCUCUACAAGCUUGCCAACUACCCAGUUGUCAUCCAUGUUGCCCUACAGCCCGCUUCCCACCCCGAUUACUCCUCCAUCACCUCCAUCAGAAACUCGGGCUUCACAUUCCUCCAAUCCGCAUCGCUCCAGGAGGCGCAAGAUAUUGCAUUGACUGCCCACGCUCUUGCUAUCAAGUCUGGCAAGGGUGUCAUCCAUUUCUUUGAUGCUCUCGCAUCAGAGAAUGAUGAUGCUGUCACUGCCGAGGAUGCAUCUGUUGUGGAGCAAGUCUUGGACUUGGCCGCCGUCCGUGCCUUCCAAGGAAGCAACGUUGGUGGAACCUCAGUAUAUGCCGACGAUGGCAAGAUCGCCAGAGUUAGCGAGGCUCCAGUUGAGCCAUUAGAUACCGCUGGAGCUCCUGUCCAGAAACAGCUGGCACCUCCUGCCGAGGCAGCAGCAACUCCCUCGAAGGCAUCUUCCGUUGGAUCAACCAAGUCGAGGCAGAGCAGCGUGGACAGCCGACCAAGUGUUUCGUCGGCAACAACAGUUGAUGCAUCUGUCAAGCGCACCUCGUCGCAAGACAUCUACGACAUCGUCACCGCCAUCUGGUCGCAAAUCAAGGACGCCACUGGCCGCGAGUACACCCCUUUCCAAUACACUGGCCCAGCAAAUGCCGAGACCGCAAUCUUCAUCUUCGGAUCGGAUGCAGGCAUUUUCGCCGAGUCCAUCGAUUCGGCUAAGUCCGACGAGAUUUACGCAAAGGCAGGAAUUGUUACCGCGCGCCUCUACAGGCCGUGGCUUGGCGCGAAGUUGGUGGAGGUUGUCCCCAAGAGCGUCAAGCGUCUUGCAGUCCUUGAGCAAAUCCGCAAGAAGACUACAAAGUGGGGUCCUAUCUUCCUUGAUAUUCUCACCACCCUGAAGAGCGGACCAGGUGAAGGCGCCAAGACCAUUGUUGGCCAUCAACUGGGACACAUCACCCCGGAUACCGUUUCCCAGGCACUCCGCGGCAUCUUCCAGAACCUUACCUCCGAGGCCCCAAUCCAAAACCUCGAGGUUGGCACCACCGAGGAGCAAGCUGACUUCGCGGAGGAGCAAGAGCUCGAGCAACCAGCAGUUGAGACUGCCUAUAUGAAAAUCUUGAACCAGGUUUUCGGCCAGAAACUCCAUGUCGCCAAUGCUUUGGGAUCGAACAACGCUGGUGUUUCUGAGACCAUUGCCGCAAACCCAGAGUUCGGGUUCGGAUCUCUCCUCGCCCGCCAUGAGCACCGCCAACGCUUCAUAACUGAGGUUUCCGACGCUGCAGUCUCCAAGGAGUUCAUCACUGAAGCCCCUAAGAAGUUCCUAUCCAAGUGGGCUCUGGGCGCUGAUGAUGAGAAGUUGACCACUGAGAUCACGCCAGAAAUCAUUUCUCGUUUGGAGACUGAUGGAUCCCCAUUAGCGACCAAACUCCUUUCCAACAAGUCUCUGUUCCGCAAGGAGUCCUCUUGGUUGGUUGGAUCCGAUGCAUGGGCUUAUGAUUUGGGUAACUCUGGUGUCCACCACGUCAUUGCCUCUGGCAAGAAUGUGAACAUGCUCAUCAUUGACUCCACCCCAUACUCCGAGCGCGCAGCGGCAGAUGCCACGCGCCGCAAGAAGGACAUUGGGCUUUACGCCAUGAACUUCGGCAAUGCUUACGUUGCCUCUGUUGCGGUUUACAGCUCGUACACCCAGGUCUUGCAGGCCAUGAUUGAAGCAGACAAGUUCGAUGGCCCAUCCGUUGUCAUGGCUUACCUGCCAUACCACAAGGAGAGUGAUUCUCCGUUGACCGUUCUCCAAGAGACCAAGAAGGCUGUCGAUCUCGGCUACUGGCCACUCUACAGGUGGGACCCGACGGCUGAGGAUCGCAACGAGCCAAACUUCUCUUUGGAUUCCGAGAGAAUCAAGAAUGAGCUCAAGGAUUUCCUUGCACGCGAUAACCACCUUACUCAGCUCAUGAAGAGGCGCCCUGAGUUUGCCGCCAACAUCUCUGAGGAUUACGGCUCUGAAGUUCGUGAGGCCCAGAAGAGGAAGGCAAAGGAUGCAUACAACGCUCUCCUGGAGGGCCUGUUCGGUGCUCCUCUGACGAUCCUUUACGCUUCCGACAACGGCAAUGCCACUACCCUUGCUAAGAGGUUGGGCAACCGCGGAAAGGCUCGUGGAUUGAAGACCAUGGUUAUGAGCAUGGGCGACUACCCAAUUGAGGACCUCUCUGCAGAGGAGAACAUUGUCUUCCUUACUUCCACUGCCGGACAGGGAGAGUUCCCACAGGAUGGUCAUGCAUUCUGGGGCGCUAUCAAGGACAACACGGAGCUGGAUCUCGCAUCUGUUAACUUCUCCGUCUUUGCUCUUGGUGACAGCCACUACUGGCCAAGAAAAGAGGACAAGGUUUACUACAACAAGCCAGGAAAGGACCUGUUCAGAGUUAUGGGAGACCUCGGCGCCAAGCCUCUCGCGGAUAUCGGCCUUGGAGAUGACCAAGAUCCCGAUGGAUUCCAGACUGGAUAUGCUCCUUGGGAGGCGCAACUCUGGCAAACUCUCGGCGUUGAUAAGGUCGAGGGACUUGCUGAUGAGCCGCCGCCAAUCACCAAUGAAGAUAUCAAGAUCGAGUCAAACUUCCUUCGUGGUACCAUUGCCGAGGGACUGAAAGAUACCACCACCGGCGCUAUCUCUGCAUCCGACUCUCAGUUGACCAAGUUCCACGGAACUUACAUGCAAGACGACCGUGAUCUUCGUGACGAGCGCAAGGCUGCCGGUCUUGAGCCAGCCUACUCUUUCAUGAUCCGCUGCAGACUCCCAUCCGGUGUUGCUACCCCAAGCCAAUGGGUCCAGAUGGAUCAGCUCAGUUCCGAUUUCGGAAACGAGACGAUGAAGCUCACUACCCGCCAGACCUUCCAGUUCCACGGUGUCGUUAAGGGCAAGCUUAAGGGUGCCAUGCGCGCUAUUAACAAGGCUCUGAUGACCAGUAUUGCCGCCUGCGGUGAUAUCAACCGUAACCUUAUGUGCAGCAGCUCUCCCGCUCACUCCGAGUACCACAAGGAGGUCCACGAGUGCUCUGUCCGUAUCGAUCACCACCUUUUGCCAUCCACUACCGCAUACCACGAGAUCUGGUUGAAGGAUGAGGAUGACAACAAGACUCAAAUUGCUGGCAACGCUGUCCAGGACUUUGAGCCCCUUUACGGCCCUACCUACCUCCCCAGAAAGUUCAAGAUUACCAUCGCCACUCCUCCAAACAACGACACGGACGUGUACGCCCACGAUGUCGGUCUCAUCGCCAUCAAGGGUGAGGACGGACACCUCGCUGGUUUCAACGUGCUUGUCGGUGGUGGUAUGGGUGUUACCCACAACAACAAGAAGACCUACCCCCGCACCGGCUCUAUGAUGGGAUACUGCUCCAAGGAGGACGUCCACAUUGUCUGCGAGAAGGUCAUGCUCGUCCAGCGCGACAACGGCGACCGCAAGAACCGCAAGCACGCCCGCCUAAAGUACACCGUUGACGACAUGGGCGUCGAUGUCUUCCGCUCCAAGGUCGAGGAGAUCUGGGGCAAGAAGUUCGACGAGCAGCGCCCCUUCAAGUUCGUCUCCAAUGUCGACACCUACGGCUGGAUCAAGGACGAGCACGGACUCAACCACUUCACCUUCUUCAUCGAGAAUGGCAGAAUCGAAGACACCGCCGACUUCCCCAUGCGCACUGGCCUUAGGGAGAUCGCAAAGGUGCACAAGGGCGAGUUCAGGUUGACUGGUAACCAGCACUUGAUCAUCUCCAACGUCAAGGACGAGGAUAAGCCCAAGAUCGUCGAGAUGAUGGUUAAGUACAAGUUGGACAACAUCCAGUUCUCCGGCCUGCGCCUGUCCUCCUCCGCCUGUGUUGCGUUCCCAACCUGUGGCCUCGCCAUGGCCGAGUCGGAGCGCUACCUCCCCGUCCUCAUCUCCAAGCUCGAGCAGACCCUCGAGGACAACGGACUCAAGCAGGAGAGCAUCGUCAUGCGUAUGACUGGUUGCCCCAACGGAUGCGCCAGGCCUUGGUUGGCUGAGGUCGCGUUCGUCGGUAAGGCGUACGGCGCGUACAACAUGUACCUUGGUGGUGGAUACCACGGCCAGCGCCUGAACAAGCUGUAUCGCUCCUCUAUUAAGGAGGAUGAGAUCUUGGCUAUUAUGAUCCCGCUCAUCAAGCGUUACGCGCAGGAGAGAGAGGAGGGCGAGAGGUUCGGUGACUUCGUCAUACGUGUUGGUGUUAUUAAGGCGACGACGGAGGGAAAGACUUUCCAUGAUGAUGUCGCGGAAGAGGAGUCGGAUGAGGAGUAGAGUAAUCACGAUUUUGAUGCGAGGGAAAAGGGAGGGGUCAUUCAACU